GGUGUCUUUUAGCCUGCCAGGAACAGCAAGAGGAGUCGGAGAAAACACUGCUGGUUUGUUAGACAUUCAUUAUGGCUUUGAAACGAAUACAGAAGGAAUUAAAUGAUUUGCAAUGUGAUCCACCAGCCCAGUGCUCUGCGGGUCCAGUAGGAGACGAUCUGUUUCAUUGGCAAGCAACCAUCAUGGGUCCAAGUGAUAGUGCGUAUCAAGGAGGUGUGUUCUUUCUGACAAUUCACUUUCCAACAGACUACCCAUACAAGCCCCCCAAAGUUGCCUUCACAACGAAGAUCUAUCAUCCAAACAUAAACAGUAAUGGGAGCAUCUGUCUGGAUAUUUUGGGAUCACAGUGGUCUCCGGCAUUAACUGUAUCAAAAGUUUUGUUAUCUAUAUGCUCAUUACUGUGUGAUCCUAAUCCAGAUGACCCGCUUGUACCAGACAUAGCACAGAUCUACAAAUGUGAUGAAGAAAAAUACAACAAAAUGGCAAGGGAAUGGACUAAGAAGUAUGCAAUGUAAAGAAAUCUCAAGGAUAGGACAAUUUUGUUGAAUGGUACUGGAUUGGGUGCCAGGUAUUGUUAAUACACCAGUGAAGGCAAGUUCACUGUAGUAAUCCUACAUCUGUUCAUUCAGGAAAUACAAAGUUCAACCACGCAUCACAAGACACUCCCAAUACGAUAAAGUGAUGUGGUCUAUCCAGAAUACGAGCGACACCAUUGAGGCCUCCCCCAGGAAGUCGGUGGUAACAGUACGACUAGGAAUCCCGCAAUUUGACGGCAAAUGUUGGCGUCUUUAGUGUUUCUGAACAUUUGUUUAGCAUUUGUAGGGAAUGAAAGGCAACUCUGUAAAUUAUAGACAAGACUGCAAAUGUUGGCGUGCCUUUCCAGUUGAUUGAGCCAUUUGCUGCCGGCAUUGGUUUGUUAAUGCUGCAAACGCUACAUGAAGUGUGCAAUGAUUAUCGGCAUGUGGAAUGUCAUUGAAAUGCCUUUAGUGUUUGCUCUUUUCAGUUAUGCAUCUCAGUUUGGGGCGACAUGGUGGCAUAGUGGUUAACAGCUCCAGGGACCUGGGUUCAUUUCUCUGUGAGGAGUAAACAGGUUCUUCCUGUGUCCAUGUGGAUUUUCUCUUAGGUCUUCCAUUUUGUCCCACAUCUGAAAAAUGUGCGUGUGUCAGGUAUAUUGGCAACUGUAAGUUGUGCCAUCUGUGAAAGUGUUUAAUGAAAGUUCUUGUCUUGCAUCCAAUA